GGAAAGGGAAGACGCUGUGGACCCAAUUGAAAAGGGUGCGAGAUCCUCCUGGGUCUUUGGAGCUAAACCUGAUCUUCCUACCUCCGAGCCCAUCUAGAACUGAUGCUGUCCAUAAUGACUCCGAGUCCCAUCCUCGGCGCUUGCCCCUAGAGGUAGCAGGCGGUAUUCCAUUGGGGUGGUCUCAUCCCUGGGGAAGUCCAGCUCCUGGGCCAGCAGGUCUUAGAGCCGCGGUCCUGUCAGUUCAUCUACAAUCAGUGCAUGUCCUUCGCUGACGUCAAUUGGAGCUGCCCCGUUCCUAUAUAAAUCUGGCAGCAGCCCCAGGACACUCCCCGCGUUCCCCAGGCACUGGCAACCCGCCCCGUGCUCCCAGACUCCGGUUCGAUUGGGACAGUGACCGAAGCUCUGAUACCGCCCCCCACGGCAACGCGCUCGGAGAAACCCGGAGCGGUAUUGGAGGUACCAACAUCAUGAGGCGGCCAGGGCGCACGGCGUUGUUGACGGCAUUGCUGCUCCUCUUGGUCCAACUGUGCCCGGGGAACUGCGGCUGGGGAACUCUGGAGGCUGUACCACCCCGGGACAAGGGUCUGGAUCGGAGUUUGCGGUGGAGCCUCAGGAAUCAGGCCGGGGGAGCCAGUGCCCUGCUCCUCCUCCUCACCGAGCGUUUCCCGCGUCUGGCCGCUGGAACUGGUACCCUAACUGCGCCCCUGGGCGGUCGGCCCAAACCCAAACGGGACGAACCUUCUCUCUCCAUUGACCUGACCUUCCACCUGCUGCGGACCCUGCUGGAGCUGGCACGGACGCAGAGCCAGCGGGAGCGCGCGGAGCAAAACCGACUCAUCUUCGAUUCGGUGGGCAAAUGAGUCCCGGCUGGCCAACUCUGCUCCGCCGUCUGGGACCCAAGAGGUGGCGUCGGAGGCCAGUUCUAAAAGCCCCCGGAACUGUGCGGAGGCGAGACCGGGUUCGGCUUCCUACCGCGGACCGUGUUUUUGUUUUCUAAUAAAAGUGAUGAAGAGU